AUGAAUGCUUUACAGUCAAGUGUCAAGUGCUCGCGCGAAGCAGCACAAUCACUGUUCACGGACGCGUGCGCACAUGUGAGGUCUUCAUUUGAUUGGAUGAAUGAGAUGAAGAAAGAGGCGAGGAAGUGGAGAGAAGAGAAAAGAGAAUGGUAUGAAAAAAGAAGAGCUGUCUGCAAUGCAAAAACGGAAAUAACGCAGGAGACUUGCUUGCAAGCAGCCGAGCAAGUCAAUUACGAGAGGCAGAAACGAGAGCGACGAUGCGACAUUCCAUUAUUAAAGAGAGCAAUGACGAGUUGGCGCGAUGGCGAUGAUGACAACAACAACAACAGCGAUAGCGACGGCACGGCGACGGCGACGGCGACGGCGAUGGGACGAUGA